ACGACGAGAUUUCUUGUGGGAAACUACCUACCAAGCCUUACUAAUAGAAAUCUAGCAAAAUAUUAUACCAAUAUAAAUACUCUACGGUUCGGUUAUAAAGUGGUGCUAAGUUUUCAGUAUUAUUUUGUGGUGAAACGGCAAAGUUUUUAUUUUAAAAAAAUAAUUCACAGAUUAUACAAAAUCAAAACAUCAGAUUUCAACCAAUAGCAGCGUUCAGCACCAUCGGCUGCGAGAAUUCUGAUUGGUGAAUAAGAAUUGCUCUGUGGCGCCUCUCCGACCUUAUAAAUAUCGGCGCGAUCACAAACCAGACCUCUUUUCCACAGUGUUAAUUCAAGGGGACUCUUUCGGGUUAUUUUUGUGAGCUAACUCUAAAUUCAGAAUGCCGGAGACCUCAAAAAUGAAUGGAUACGCAAAAACAAACGGACACAGCUAUGAUAUGGAAGAAGGAUCAGUGUUUUUAUUCACAUCAGAAUCCGUCGGCGAGGGCCACCCAGACAAAAUGUGCGAUCAAAUUAGUGAUGCUAUCUUAGACGCACAUCUGAGGCAGGACCCUGACGCAAAAGUAGCAUGCGAAACGGUGACAAAAACCGGAAUGGUGCUAUUGUGCGGUGAAAUCACUUCCAAAGCUAAUGUUGACUACCAAAAGGUUGUCAGAGAGACGGUGAAGCACAUUGGCUAUGAUGACUCCUCCAAAGGUUUUGAUUGGCGAACACUAAAUUUACUAGUGGCUAUUGAAGAGCAAAGUCCAAACAUAGCUGGUGGAGUAUAUCAACAAAGAGAGGAAUUAGAUAUUGGGGCUGGAGAUCAGGGAUUAAUGUUUGGCUAUGCAACAGAUGAAACUGAAGAAUGCAUGCCUCUGACAGUUGUGCUUGCACACAGACUCAACCAGAAAAUAGCUGAACUACGACGAAACGGCGAGUUCUGGUGGGCCCGCCCGGAUUCAAAGACCCAGGUGACUUGCGAGUACGUGUUCGCUGGUGGCGCCACAGUGCCGCAGAGAGUUCACACUCUCGUUGUCUCCCUGCAACACUCAGAAAAGAUCACUCUGGAGACGUUGCGUGAAGAGAUCAGGGAGAAGGUUAUUAAGGAAGUUAUCCCAGCUCACUACAUCGAUGAGAAAACUGUCAUUCACAUCAACCCUUGCGGUCUAUUCAUCAUUGGAGGACCACAGUCGGACGCGGGUCUGACGGGACGCAAGAUCAUCGUGGACACGUACGGCGGCUGGGGCGCGCACGGCGGCGGCGCCUUCAGCGGCAAGGACUUCACCAAGGUGGACCGCUCCGCCGCCUACGCCGCCCGCUGGGUCGCCAAGUCGCUCGUCAAGGCCGGCCUCUGCCGCCGCUGCAUGGUGCAGGUCGCAUACGCCAUUGGUGUAGCUGAGCCGCUGUCGAUCACUGUAUUUGACUACGGAACUUCCCACAAGACACAGCAGCAACUGCUCGCUAUUGUACAAAAGAACUUCGACUUACGACCGGGCAAAAUUGUCAAGGAAUUGAACCUCAGAGCACCCAUAUACCAGAGAACCAGUACUUAUGGUCACUUCGGACGAGAAGGUUUUCCAUGGGAGAAUCCCAAACCGUUGGUUGUAGAAUGACUUGAAACUUAAGCACUAGACCAUUGUAAAUAUUUUCACCAGUAUGUUAUAAACACUUAAUCUACGUGUGUAAUUGUAGCGAGGGCGCAGGGAAUGUUGCUGAUGUCUCUCUUUAGACAUUAAUAUGUUCGUGUUGAACCUCGCCAGUGGAACUGUAUGCGACGCUCUAACAACACGUGACAGUUGCAUUUACGAGGUUCACUAUAUAUUUAAGUAUUCUCUAGAUUAUUAGACACAUAGGUUUAACAUGGUGCCGUCAUUUCUGAAUUUGAGUUAGUUCAGGGGUUAAAAUGGCAGUCCUAUUUAUUUAAGAUUACGUGUUCAGUUUCCUAUAAAUGAAUUUGUUUGCUUUUUACACUGCCUGAUUGUUUUUAUAGUUAAGUAAAUGAACUUUCCAGUGAACAUGAAGUAAUAUGAUUUUAUAUUUAUGUACAAUUUAAAUUUGGACUGCCUACACUCUCGAAUGUUCUUCACUGUACGCUUUACGAUGUAAGAGCUAUGAUUUAUCGGUAGAGUAGACUACUCCCC